AUGGUGGCAUCAACGUCCCUCGAUGUCGUCCCUGACGAUCCAACUGCCUACAAAACCCAGGCUUACUGGGAAGAGCGCUACCAAAAAGAGAACGCAGACACCACUUUUGACUGGUUCAAGACAUAUGAAGAAUUGAAACCACUCUUUUCCGAGAUUAUUCCUUCCAAGGAAGCUUCAAUUCUGAUGCUUGGGUGCGGAAAUUCAACCUUAGGAGAAGAUAUGUAUAAGGAUGGCUACAAGAACAUCACCAAUAUCGAUUAUUCAAAAACUGUCAUUGAAAAUAUGAAGAGUCGAUGUGUACACAUGCCCGAAAUGAAGUGGUUGGAAAUGGAUAUUCGUGAUCUCAAGUUCGAUUCUAGUUCAUUUGAUGUUGUUAUUGACAAAGGUACCAUGGACGCUCUCAUGUGCGAUCGUGGUGAUGUAUGGGAUCCCUCUGAAGAAUUGAUUGCCGAGGUUAAGGCUGAGGUGGACGAAGUUGAGCGUGUGGUUAAAGUAGGUGGUGUGUUCAUCUACAUCACUUUUGGACAACCCCAUUUCCGCAAGAGACAUCUUACCAGAGAUUGUUGGGAUAUCAAGACCCGGACAAUGGGAGAUGCGUUCCACUACUUUUUCUACACAAUGCGUAAAGAACGUCCGUCGGUGAAUGCCAAAUGA